CCUCCGUCUCUGGUGGCCUUUGCGAUCUACCGUGAUAUUUCUAAACGCCUCUUCCCGACUCACUUGGAAAGUUCCCCCUUUUUUUUCCCUCCAAAUAGUAUGACAAAAUCCCUUUACUCUCUUUUCUCCAUCAUCUUGCUAUUCGCUGUAUCGUCCUCGUUCGCCUUUGCUUCACCCCAAGCACAAUAUCACCAGCACGCCAUGACGACCUCCCAUCUCUUAUCUGUGCACAAUGACAGUAGCGGGCAUAACCACACAGCACCAUCACUCGAAACACUCAUCGUCACCGUACCCGUCUCCGCUGAGAAACUCGCUGAGGUCAAGACUCACUUCAAGACAGUACAUGUUUUUGACGAAGGAGAAACUGUCACGAAAGAGGCGGCGAGAGAGGUAGAGGUUUGGUACUCGAAUUACUUGGGUAUUCCGAAAGAGAUUGAGUAUGAAGAUGUACCGAACUUAAAGCUUGUUCAAUUGACUAGCGCGGGCGCCAACCUCGCCCUAAACAGUCCAGUUUUGAAGAACGAAGAGGCUCGUAAGAGAAUUGAUAUCUCCUCCGCUUCAGGUAUUCACGCCAUCAGUAUUCCUCAGUGGAUCAUCUCGCAGACUGUCAGCUUAUACAUGCACCUUUACUUGCAAACUUUUAACCUCCGGACAAACCAGACAUGGAGUCGUGAUAUCCCACAGCUACCUCAACUUAACGGUAUAAAGCACGGUAACAGUGGUAAAUCACUGUAUGGAAAGACCGCUGGUCUUUUGGGCUACGGACACAUUGGUCGAGAGACCGCCAGACUCCUCAAAGCAUUCAACGUCAACAUCAUUGCUGCCAACUCGAACGGCCAGAAGCGAGGAGAUGACGGAUAUCUUAUCCCUGGUACAGGGGAUGCUGAUGGAUCCAUUCCUUCCGCAUAUUACUCCACUUCUGACGAAGAGUCUUUCAAGACGUUCUUGAGCAAAUCAGACAUCCUUAUCGCGAGUUUACCUUCUACCCCUCAAACCAGAUACUUGCUCAACCAGGAGCUCCUUUCUCUGCUUCCCGAAGGCGCAGUAUUCCUCAAUGUAGGCCGAGGCGACCUCGUUAAAUCCGAAGACCUCCUCGCAGCCCUCGCAUCUGGCCCCCUCUCUGGCGUUGCCUUGGACGUUACCGACCCCGAACCCCUCCCAGACUAUCACCCAUUAUACUCUCACCCGCAAGUCAUCAUCACACCGCAUACGAGCUCAAAUAUAGAAGGAUACUUUGAUGUGGGUGCGGAUUUGUUGAUUGAGAAUGUAAGGCGGGUGAGGAAGGGAGGUAAAGCGAUCAAUAAGGUUGACCCAGAGAAGGGUUACUAAGGUUGUAAGGUACCUUCUCGUAGAAACGCAAGGUAAGAAGAAUACAGGAGGGAAGAGAAAGAGUGUGAAGCAUUUUUGUAGUGAAUCUGCUUUGGUAGUAAUGAUUUCGUUGGGACAUGGAUAUAUUGGUUUUUAUAUGAUAGAUAUGCACAUUGAAGGAUUUCCG